GUGGCUUUGUUCUGCUGCAGCGGAGAAAUAUGACAUGGGGAUGAGCGAGAGAGGGGGAGAGAGUGAGACAGCCUGAUAGGAAUUAACGGUUCGUCAGAGGUCUGGACUGAAAACGUUACGAUGGGGAGUAAUGACUGAAAACAGAACGGGUUCUGUGCAUCCCCAGCGUCUUCCUCUGCACUGCUGCCUCUGAAGCCAUGGACUAGAGCUGCAUCUGGUCCUGACAGUCCCGUGGUCAUCAGAUGGCGUCUCAACAACCCUCAGCGAAAAUACAGAAAAUGAGAACGUGAAGGCUGGCGUCCACCAAGGCCACCGCUGCACCUUGGGCAGCGCACACACAUGAUCACAUGACUCUGGACAUGGACGCGGUCCUGUCAGACUUUGUUCGGUCCACAGGGGCAGAACCGGGUCUGGCACGAGACCUGCUGGAAGGUAAAAACUGGGACCUCAGUGCUGCUCUGAAUGAUUAUGAGGAGCUCAGGCAGGUCCACACUGCCAACCUGCCGCAGGUCUUCAAUGAGGGCCGCUACUACAAGCAGCCAGAGACACGUGACACACCCACCCAUGUCAGCAAGAUCGACAGGCCGUGUGCACAGAAGCAGGAGGACAAUGCACAAGAGAAGCGUCUGUCCCGCGGCAUCUCCCACGCCAGCUCUGCUAUUGUCUCCCUGGCGCGGCUGCAGGUGGCCAGCGAGUGCACCAGCGAGCAGUUCCCUCUUGAGAUGCCCAUCUACACAUUCCAGCUACCAGACCUCAGUGUGUACAGCGAGGAUUUCAGGAGCUUCAUAGAGAGAGACCUGAUAGAGCAGUCCACCAUGAUGGCUCUGGAGCAGGCUGGUCGUCUCAACUGGUGGUCCACCAUGUGCACGAGCUGUAAGAAGCUGCUUCCUCUGGCCACCACAGGGGACGGAAACUGCCUCCUGCAUGCUGCCUCUUUAGGGAUGUGGGGCUUCCAUGACAGAGACCUGAUGCUGAGGAAAUCCCUGUACACCAUGAUGAAGAGCGGAGCGGAGAGAGAUGCUCUGAAGAGGAGGUGGAGGUGGCAGCAAACCCAACAGAACAAGGAGUCGGGACUGGUGUACACUGAGGAGGAGUGGGAGAGAGAGUGGAACGAGCUGCUGAAGUUGGCCUCCAGUGAGCCUCGCACUCACCUCAGCAAAAACGGCAACACCAGUGGAGGUGUGGAUAAUUCUGAGGAUCCGGUCUAUGAGAGUCUAGAGGAGUUCCAUGUGUUUGUGCUGGCCCAUGUGCUGCGCAGGCCAAUUGUAGUGGUGGCUGACACGAUGCUCAGAGACUCGGGAGGAGAAGCGUUCGCUCCCAUCCCGUUUGGAGGGCUCUAUCUGCCCCUGGAGGUGCCUCCAAGUCGCUGUCACUGCUCGCCUCUGGUCCUGGCCUACGAUCAAGCUCACUUUUCCGCACUGGUGUCCAUGGAGCAGAGAGAUCAGCAACGAGAGCAAGCUGUUAUCCCUCUGACUGACUCGGAGCACAAGCUGCUGGCGCUCCAUUUUGCCGUGGACCCUGGCAGGGACUGGGAGUGGGGGAGGGACGACAAUGAUAAUACCAAGCUUGCCAAUCUCAUCUUGUCUCUGGAGGCCAAACUCAACCUGCUGCACAACUACAUGAAUGUAACAUGGAUCCGAAUUCCAUCUGAAACAAGGGCUCCCCUGGCUCAGCCAGAGUCUCCCACAGCCUCUGCAGGUGAGGACGUCCAGUCUCUAGCUGAGUCCAUGGACUCUGACCGCGAGUCUGUCGGCAGCAACUCUAACGUCAACACGGGCAAGCCCAGCAAGGAGAAGGACAAAGACAAGCAGCGCAAGGACAAAGACAAGAGCCGGGCUGAUUCUGUAGCCAACAAACUGGGUAGCUUCAGCAAAACCUUGGGAAUCAAGCUGAAGAAGAACAUGGGAGGUCUGGGUGGCCUUGUGCACGGCAAAAUGAACAAAUCUAACUCUGGCUCAGGUCGUAAUGGGGAGAACGGAGGGGAAAAGGCAAAGAAGAAGGAGUCAAAGACAACCAAGGGAAGCAAGGAGGAGUCGGGUCAGUCAGCCAGCUCCACCUCCUCAGAGAAGGCCACUAGUCCCUCUCCGACAGACAGAGACAGACCCUCCAGCUCCUCCCCCACCGAGAGACAGGACAGUACAGGGAGAGGCACGGGGGACAAGACCAUGGAAAACUGGAAAUACAGCACCGAUGUCAAGCUCAGCCUCAACAUCCUGCGGGCGGCCAUGCAGGGGGAGCGCAAGUUCAUUUUUGCGGGCCUCUUGCUCACCAGCCAUCGACACCAGUUCCACGAGGAGAUGAUCAGCUACUAUCUGACCAACGCCCAGGAGCGAUUCAGCCAGGAGCAGGAGCAGAAGAGGAAGGAGACCGAGAAGAAGCCCCCUGCCACUAAUGAGGUGGCCGUGAAGAAGCCUGAGCAUGAGAGUGUCUUCCAGAGGGAGAGAUCAGACAGCUCGCCUCCGGAGAGCUGCUCUCCCGUCCUGCCCCACCACACCCACACCUACAACCACAACCACAACUCACAGCCCCCGCUGGGUCUUAAGAUGCAGGGCAGGAACAGUCCCACUCCUGCAGCCCCCCUUGUCUCUGUCCCAGUGCCCCCCCUCACACCGCCAACAGUCCCCCACCAUGUCUCCCACCCAGCCCCAGCGCCUGCGCCUUACUCCUCCCCCAGUAUUGGUACUAAGAGACCUGGGCCUGUUCCUGUGUCUGCCCACUACAGCCAUACACCGCCCAUCCAGAGGCACAGCGUGAUUCACAUACAAGAUGUCAACAUGCAAUCCUCCAUCUUCCAAGAUGACCCCUAUAAGCCUGUGGUGGGCACCCUAAAGACAUGUGCCACCUACCCUCAGCAGAACCGCACACUCUCAUCCCAGAGUUACAGCCCUGCUCGCCUGUCGGGGGUCCGCACCGUUAACACCAUAGAGACGCUGUCCUACAAUAUGCCUGGUGAACACAAAUCCCACACCUACACCAAUGGAUUUGAUGCGGGAGACAUUCAGGACUGCCUGGAGUUUGCUGAUGAGGACAACUCGUCUCACACCUGGCUCAACCAAGACAAAACCAAAGGGCGGAGCUCUGGAAGCCCUUUGUACUGCUUUCAGCAGCGCCGCUGCAAGAGGGAGAACUGCUCUUUCUACGGUAGGCCAGAGACAGACAACUACUGCUCCUACUGCUACAGAGAGGAGCUGAAACGCAGGGAGAGGGAGAGCAAAGUGCAGAGGCCUGCAUAGCCAUCACCGCCACUUCAGCCACUUGUCAGCAAGGCCGCGGGAGACUUGAGGGAACGACACCAUCUGCACUCUGCAUUUAGAAUAACAUGAUGGCAAACAUUUUCCUAUUUUGUUGAAGAAUGCUCUUGUAUUCCUGUCACCCUCCCCUUGUUAGUAAAGAUGAUUACUUUAUGAUGGGGGAAGCAGAACUUGAAACAGUGAGCAGCUUUGGCCAGAUAUUGUGCUACUUUGUUUUUAUUUCUGUCUCAUUGAAUUUAGUCUUUUACUUGUUUUAGAGUAAAAGUCAUCUCUGUGAUGUAACUUCCUUUGUGUGAGGGAAAGGUCUUUAUUUUUCAAAAGUUCAAAAGAUUUGCAUCUUACAUGGAGGGAACAUUUUAGCUCUUUUAAUCAGUUUGAAUGCAAUACCUCUGCUUGGUUCUUCAAAAUCUCUGUGGAAAAUUUGUAGUUGUUUUGCAAUCAAAAGAAAUUCAACGGGAGAUCAAUAUUAGACUUUAAAGCAAUAAAUUGGUGAUUUUCGCUACACCCUCUCCCAAUUUUGUCUAUGCACCAAUAAUAUAGUUACUGUAGGUUAACUGUGUCUUGUAAAUUGUAAAGGAUUGUCACGGUGUGCUUUUGUAAACAAUUUGAACUACAGGAAUUAAAAUGUGUAAGCAUUAUAGAUUGUAAUGUCUGACUAGGAUGAAAUGUAAAACUAUCUCAUUUGUUAAGUGUACCUUUGUUCUUACCACGAUACAAGGGUUUGCUUUGUCAGAAUUGGACUCGAAAUAUUGUGUAAGAUAUCAUUUCACAUUUUUGCCCAUAGUCAACCUCCUGAAGACCACAAGCACUGCCAAACUGGCUUCUUUAAAAAAAAAAAAAAAAACUAGAAAAAAAGAAUUUGAUUCAAAUUUUCAAAAUGUUUUUCGUGCCAAACACUGAACAAUGUGCAUAGGACAAAAUAGCAUCUCAAAUAUGCAGUGUUUAUGGUGUGUUUCUCUGAGUCGCCUGUUAACUACUCUAUUCGGUAAAUAUGUUAGGAGAGAAGAAUUGGGGGGUAAUGAGAGCAGGCCGAUGCGUAUUUGUCCAAAGUGUGAUUUACGUGUCUUUCCCCCCCCUACACACACAUACACACACACACACACACACACACACUACACGAUGUGCAAUCAUGCUACUAGCACUAUGUGGUGACCUGCAGUAUAGAUGUGUCACCGAUCCAGUGUGAGAUUGUCUGUUCUUCUUCCAUAUCUAGAGGCCGUUAAAAGAAGCACCUGCUGCUAAGAGCACCUCAAGCCUUUGUGAUCAUCAGUGCUUUAAUCAAUCAGUGGGUUUGUCAAAAACCCCAGGCCUCCAAGUGCUUUCUGCUCAUUCGACAUGACUACUGUAAAGACGCAGUGUUUGUGUUGCUGUUUGUUCUGGUGAUGCUUGGAUAAUGUACCAUGCUGUCCUUAACUAAGUGUGUCCUGGCCAAGGAUGUCCACUGCUCCCUCAGUUCGCUUCUGUCUGUCUCUCUCUCUCUCUCUCCUGUACACACUGCAGUGUUGCUCCUCUUUGUUUCUAUGUGACCAGUUCAUGGACUCUCACCAUGUUAGAACUGUAAGAUAUGAUUUUGUAUUCCUUUAAGAGUUUUACACUACUUUAAAUUAUUAAUUUGCACAUUAGGUACAGAUGUAAAUAUGAAAAAAAAUAGUUUAUUGUUACAAACAUGGUGUGUCUGCGUCUUUUUUGUUUUGUUUAUCUUUAGGCUGAGGAAUGUUUUUAAUAAGUACUGUGUUCUGGGAGUUUUCAGGUAUUUCAUAAGAAUCCAGGGAGCUCUUCAAGCACUACAAUACACUUGUUUUGCCAUC